ACUUCCUUGGAUACGUGACGUCAUUCCUCGAAGCCCAAACACUCCAAGGAGCAGCUAAAAAUUGAGUCUACAACCAAAGCGAUAAUUUAAAAUGAUGGUGGGACAGUUCAGCCGCAGGACCCGAGAAUACACGGGUCCUGCACCAUGUUCCGUUGGAAUCAAGCUCAAGAAACCAAGCAAGUUUCCUGCAGACUUCCUAAUUUUGGAGCGCAAAAAACAAGAAGAUGCUCGGGAAGAGAUGCUAAAACAAACUAUGAUUUAUCAGUUAAACGACUUGAAGACUGAAUGGGAACGAAAUUCAGACAGACGUUUAAUGCUUAAAAACAUUAAUCGUGAAGUGGAUAAUCGCCUGAAGAUCAACGAAUUUACAGUGGAGGACAGAAGGGAGCGACUGCGAGAGCUCUUGAGACGAGAGGAGCAAGAAUAUAUUGCAGAAAUGGAAGCAGCAGAAGAAACAGUCAUUGAACGUCAGGCCAGAAUGCGGGAAAGAGCUAAACAGCUGAAGGAACGCCGAGAAGCAGAACGUCUUCAAGUAGUCCAAGAAAAAUAUGACCAACUUUUUAGGGAACAGUGUGAGGAGCUCCGAUCUACGCUGUCAAGGCAAGAGCAAAACCUUGUAUGUGCAGAGCGCUAUGAACAGCUGAAAAUGAAAGAAGAAGAAGCCAGAGAGAAAAAGGAAUAUGACAACAUGUAUGCUUAUCUGUGGGAAAAAGACAGACAGGAGAAGAUGGCACGAGAGGAACGCGAGGUUAAAGCAGCUUAUGAACGCAACAAAGACAUGCUGGACGUUUUGAAAAAGCAAAUGGCAGCUGUGGAAGCCUCAAAGGAAGAAGCUAAGCGCUUGCAGGAGGAAGAAGCAGAACUGAUGAGAGAGCAGGCGGCACUUCGCAAACUGGAAGAGGAGGCAGCAGCCCAAGAGAAGCGUCGUCGGCAGUUGGAAAACCGCGAGAUGUUAGACAAAACACUCAAGAUGAAGCUGCGUAAAAGGGCCAAAGAAGAACAAGAACAGCUGGCCUUCGACCUCAAGAUGCUGGAGGAGCUGUUGGAGGCAACUCACAAUGAGGCCAAGGAAGAACAGCAGAAAAAAGUUCAACUUCGUGAAGAAGACAGGAGGUAUCGUGAAUACCUGGCGAGUCUCCAAGAGGAAGAAAAACGAAAGGAGCGUGAGCUACAGCAGAUGAUACAGAAGGAGCUAGAUGCUGCAUGGGAAAGACGCCUCAACCAGUGGGCUGCUGAAAAAUUGAUUCGUCGAAAAUUAUUGGAGGAGGUCUUGGCUGGAAGACAGGAACAAAUCAAGGAACGACUGGCAGAGAAUGAGCAGGAGAAAGCAGCUAAUCAACGGGAACGACAGACCCUUCUGGCAUCGAUUGAGGAGAACAAAAGGCUUGAUGAAGAAGAAGCAGCGAAGCUGAUGGCACGCCAUAUGCAGCAUCAGAAUGAUCUGCGGGAACAGAUUCGCUAUAAUGAACAGCUGCGAGAAGAGCGUCGCAACAAUGAAGAAUAUGAACAUGCAAUGGCCAUGCAGGCUGAGAGAGAAUACCAAACCCGUCUGAAGGAAGCUUUGGACAAUCCCUCAUUUUCCCGUCUUCAUCCAAUGCGCAGGGCCUUGCAGAGCAAGCAAUGAUUUCGGAACCACAGACGUUUGUAUGCCUUUUGUUGGAAACUGGGAUUAAAGGGAUUAAAGGUCAAGAGAUUAAAGGCUUCAUGUGCAGCCUAAGCAUCAGGGAGAUCAGGAGCAGAAGAAAUGGCUGUGGACAUGAAAAAUUAUUUUUUGUGCGAUUUAUUUGACUUUUUCUAAAUUAAUAUCCGAACACUUAUAGAGUCAUGUGGCCCACCGAAGCUUACUAUACAUCAAAAUCAAAUGUUUAGGUUUAGACUCAAAUUAUUUUUUUCAGAUUUAUUAAGAAUGUCUCAUCAAACUUUUGAUUUCAAGACACUUGUUCUUAUGUGACAUUCCUGAUAAUGAAGCUAGAAAUGACAUAGCAUUAAUGGCACUGUUGGAUUUUUAAAGAAGAGCUGCAGUUGCAACCUAAAUAUGUAAAUAUUGUACUGUAAUUUGCAUUUUGACCACUUUUGUACAUUUGUCUUUUAUUCUACACAAGGCCAAGUAGUGAAAUGUUUCAAAAGUAGGCCAUCAGUUUCCUUAUGAAACUGGCCAUUUUCUAAAAUAUAUUUAAUAAAACUGCGUAUAGUAUCUUAUUUGAAAUACUCCACUAAAAAGUUUCUUGUACUAAAUAAAGGUUGGGGAAUUUUUAAAUGAAAUUUAGUGCUUUAUGACAGACUGGAGCAAAAUUUUAGAAGGCAGAUUUUGGAGCCCUAAAUAUUUAGGAAAUAAUGUAUGCAUCUGUAAAUAGUAAGCAACUCAUUUCAAAACAGAAGGUUUACGAAGAAAUAUUUGCAGAAUUCUGAAAUAAAUAAGAAAAAGGCAACCGGAAGUGGGUUAUUUAUUGCCCAAACCUCAGACAGGUGUCAAAGCCAGUUUUAGGUUGGAAGACUUAGAAUAGUAUAGGAUACAUAGCAAUGAUUCUCCCGGAAACAAGCAAUGCAGUCACACACAGAAUCAUGUAAAUAUAUAGCUGAUGCGUUUUCUCAUUGAUUGAGGAGUUACAUUCACCAUCUGUCUUGUGAAAGUGCACAAAUGUCUGAUAAUAAAUUCCCUUCAUGGCCCACGAACAAGUUUUAAUUCUGGUUUGAUAAUGUAGAUUACUCACUGAUGCUGGCUGGUUGUUGGUGUUUAAUAUAGCUUAGACUAGUCUCUCCCUGAAAAUGGGGACAAAGUAAGGAAUCCAGAAUUAAGGAUAUACAUUGCUUUUAAAUUGGUCUUCUUCCUAACUUUUUGUUUCUGAUCUACUGACCAUGCACUCUUUCACAUUUUCACAUCUAUUGGUCUUGUGCUUUGUCGCAACAUUUUACACGUUGCAUGUUUAAAGUAUGUCAUGAAUUUGACUGCACUACUAAAGUGUGUUUAUUCUGCCUCUUGCUCCAUGGAUUUUCUUGGUCCACCUUGAUGAUGGAGAAAGGUAUUAUAGAAAUUUCUUCAUCAUCACCACCACCACCACCACCACCAAGCAGGGUGGGUGAACUGGGUAUGCUGGGCAUCUACUUGGCGUAAUGGUGGUUCCGUCCACGGCCAACUAAAGAAAUGAUGCCAUACAAGCUGAAAAGAACAAGUGGAGAUGUUUUCACUGACCAACCUGUUCCAUGUCACCCACUCUAAUUUAUAUCCUAGAGACGGAUGAACCGCAUGGAAAUACAUAAUAAUUAUCUUUUUUGAUAGCACGUUUGCAAUUAUUAUUCACAGUGUUUCUUCAAUGUACUUGGUUUUUUUAUGUUUUGAUUCGAAAAAUUAAAUAUUUUUACAAGCCA